ACAGUUAAACCGUGUUAUUUACAACAUAAAAACAGCAGCCAUGGAAGCUUUAAUCAACUACGAUUCCAAGUCAAAGAACUUGUCUAUUUCAUCCGAGUUGGAAUCAGAAUUACCUCACCUCAAACUUGAAAUCGACCAAUUAAACACCCUCACCCAUGAAAUAAUAGCCAAUGGUGCCGACGUGCCUCCAGUACCUACACCAGAAACCUUCAACAAGGACAUAUCGAAAAUGGUCAGGAAGUUAUAUGAAGGUGGAGUGCAAGCUUUCCGAUUGGGUAAAUUCGAAGAAUCGGUAAAACAGUUUAAUAUCGCGAUCGAAAUGAUCACUAGACGAGCAAAAUUCGAUAGUUUCCAAGGAACAAUCCAGGAAUUAAGCUUGUUGUUAAUGAGCAGAGCCGAUGCGUACCUCAAAACCAAAGAGUAUUUGAAGGCUUACAAUGAUGCUGACUUGUUGUUGGGUAUGAUGAUGAAUACCCCAGAAAACUUCUUGAGACGUGGUGUUGCCAAUUAUUUCUUGGGCAACUAUGAAGCGGCAAGAGCAGAUUACCAAAGAGGGUUAAGUUUUGAAGAAGAUCAUGAUAGAUUGAAUGCGGAAUUGACGAUAUGUUUGGACAAGAUUCUUGAAGAGAAUGGUGAUUAUCUUUAAAUUAGACCUUAGUAUACAUUUUUAGUUAUUCCUUCUUGUAGGCAACAAUAGCGCACUU